AUGAGUUCUAAAGUUGAAAUCGGAAGUCCAAUUCUAGAAGUGCUUCCACCAUUUAUUUGUCCAAAUCUUCGAGAAAAGAUUGUCGCAGAAGAGGUUGAUAUUAACGAAUUGGAAAAACAAGCCAAAAAAAAGAAGGCGAAAGACAGUAUCAGUAACCCAUGUAUACAAUUAGUGAAAGCAUUACCCCUGUAUCCUCUCACCAUAACUUGGUCACCAGACCACCUGCAUUUUGAAAUUAAAGACAAUGUGAUUGAGCAGAAAUUAUGGGUUUGGAACACUUCCUACCGUACAAUAUACAUACAUUGUUGCGGUCUAUGUGACGAGACGGCGUAUCUUGGGGCAACAUGGAAUUGCUGUCCCCAGACAAGAUUCAAUCUUGCUCCAGGUCUCAAAGGAGAGCUAUUUAUUCGUGCCACUCCUAAGGAAGAAGCACCAGUGCCUUAUGCUUUUGCAAAACUACAACUAGCUGCUGCUCACAAACGGGAUCAUGUUACUGGCUUUUUUGCUGUACCAGUAAUGGUAACAUAUUCUAAUUUUGUGUCGUAUACAGGAGAAGGAGGAUAG